UAAUUAAGGGUUUAUUUUUAAUCCAUGAUUUGCCCCCUAAUCACACUUCAUUUAACCAAAUCACAAUCAUAAUUAACUUUAAACUUUGUUACCCUUUCUUCCGAGUCUCCGACAGCCAACAUCCCCUUCUUUCUUUUAUAUAUAAUAUUUAUAUAUGAUGUGUGUAUAUAUAUAUGCCAAAGAAGGGCAAACUUUGAUGCAGAGAAAAACAGAGAUGGAAGUAGUAGACAUGGAGUAUAUGAUGGAGCUCGCCUUCUCCGGCUGUAGCUCAACUAGUUCCACCACGGGGUUCGGCGACCUCGCAUGGGUAGACUGGUCGCCGGCGGUAGACUGGGGUCAUUUUUCCGUGGAGAACGACUUCAACGGCCUUCUCGAGCACUACGGCCUCCCAUGCACGCCGGCAGCCCAGGACUGGUCAACGAACGUCAGCCCCACCAGUACCAACUGCCCCGGCACGCCGGUGGAAGAGUUUCAGCAGCAACUCCCGCCGCCGAUGGAAAUCGAAAGAGAUAACGACAGGGGCCUCCGCCUCGUCCACCUUCUGAUGGCGGCGGCGGAGGCCCUAACCGGAGCCAAUAAAAGCAGUGAUUUGGCUCGAGUGAUAUUGGCUCGGCUCAGAGAGUUGCUCGCCGAAGGUGGAGCAACCAACAUGGAACGCCUCGCGGAGCAUUUCACCGACGCGCUCCAACGCCUGCUCGACGGAGUUGGCAGGCACGAAGAUCAGCCGCCGAACUCCGGCGAAGUGCUCGAGGCCUUCCAGUUGCUUCAGGACAUGUCUCCCUACGUCAAAUUCGGGCAUUUCACGGCCAACCAGGCCAUCCUCGAGUCCGUCGUCGGCGAGCGCCGCGUUCACAUCGUUGAUUACGACAUCAUGGAAGGAGUGCAGUGGGCCUCGUUGAUGCAGGCUAUGGUUUCUCAGCAGGAAACUCCUUCGCUCACACCUCCGCCGCACCUCCGAAUCACUGCUGUCACGCGCUUGGGCGGCAGCCGACGUUCGGGAACCACGGUUCUAGAUACCGGAAGGAGGCUGGCGGCCUUCGCAGCGUCGGUUGGGCUGUCCUUCUCCUUCGGGCAGUGCAGACUGGACGCCGACGAUCAGUUACGGCCGGCAGCGGUCAAGGUGGUGAAAGGGGAAGCGGUGGUGCUCAACUGCGCUCUCCACCCGCCGCAUCUUCCAUGGCGCUCCGCCGCCUCCAUCGCCUCCUUCCUCGGAUGCGCCGGCGAGCUCGGGGCCCGUAUUGUGACUGUAGUGGAGGAGGCCGUCGUUUUCGGUGGCAGUGAUGGCAGCGGGGGUUUUGUGGGGUCCUUUAUGGAGGAGAUGAAGAGGUACUCGGCGAUGUGGGACUCUCUUGAAGCAGGGUUUCCGAUGCAGGGGAAGGCGAGGGGAGUGGUUGAGAAGUUGAUACUAGGGCCGAUGAUCGCCGGAUCAGUGGGUAGGGCUUACCGGAGGCGGGAGGAGAGCGGAGAGGAGAGAGAAGGCUGGGCAGAAUGGCUGAAAGAAGCUGGAUUUCAAAGGAUUGGGCUCAGCUUUUCCAACCUCUGUCAAUCUCGCCUUCUGCUUGGACUUUUUAAUGACGGGUACAAAGUGGAUGAGGAAGGACCUAAUAAGCUCGUCCUAUGCUGGAAGAAUUGUCGACUUCUUUCGGCGUCUGUGUGGUCAGCUCCGGCAACAGAGUUGCCGGCGGCGAGCUGCUUCAGCUGGUGAUCAUCGUACUGAGUCAGUUCAAUUGUUAUAAUCUAAGUUGUCAAAACAGAUUCUCUAGCACAAUGGGAUCUAAGGAACUUCCCUGAUUCCAUUUCAGUUCAGAUGUUUCUGCAUCUCUAUUAAUAAUGUUUUGAAUGAGAUGUUUGGUUUGAGAUUAAAGUAUGAAUUAGUCACCCAAUUCCUCGGGUGAUUACUA